AUGUUAUGGUUUAAGAAAUCACUACAUUGCAAACCUCAAUCAUCAGAGGUUCAUGAUCCAAAGGCAAAUAGGCAUCACAAAAUAAAAAACAACAAAGACAAAAGUGUCAAAAAUUGCAUAAAUGGUAGCUCUAGUCAUCAUGACAUGCUUAAUCAUGUUACUCAUGAUAUUGUUUUUGAUAGCAAAAGUGGUGAGAUUAAAUGUUAUCCUUGUUUUCAAAACAAUGAAGUUUCUUCUUCUCAUAGAUCAACUAAGGGAACCAAGAUUUCAACAAAAUCACAUUAUGUUGAUUGUGAUGAAUGUUUUGUUUUCUCAAAGUCAAAGGUGACAAUUGUGAAAGAGUCAAAUGAUUUAUUUCCGGGUACAACUUUUCCUCUUGCCACCAUUGAAGAACAUGAUAUCUCUGAGCAUUCAGUGAUCAAUCUUCAAAGACAAGAUUCAUCUUGGCAAAUUAUCAAAAAAAUAUGUGAAGUUAACAAUGACAAUAGUGAAAGCAAAGCAAUAUUACAAAUUGAACAUGUCUUGAAAGUCCAAAACAUGCAAGAAACAUUUGCAAGCUUUGAGGAAUUUAGAGAAACUACAAAAAUUAAUGCUGAAAAGCUACAAAUUAAGCACCCUAGGUGUUUAGUUGAUGGAAAUGAGAUGUUAAGGUUUCAUGGUACAACCAUUGCAUGUUCCCUUGGUAUAAAUGGUUCUUCUAAUCCAUGCACUUUAGAUCAAUGUGGUUUAUGCCAAAUUUUGAGGCUUGGUUUCUCUGCCAACCAAAAAUUUGAAGAUACUAUUGGUGUUUUCACAGCUUCUACAUGUGGAAAAGCUUUUGAUUCUAUUAAGUCUUUGAAUAAACCAUUCAUGAGAAAAUGUGUUAUAGUGUGUAGGGUGAUAGCUGGGAGAAUCAACAAUCCUUUGCAAGAGAUACAAGAAAUGAGCGAUUCAGAUUAUGAUUCUUUGGUUAAAAGCAUAAAUUGUCAAUUAGAUAUUGAAGAACUUAUUGUUUUAAAUCCAAGAGCUGUUCUCCCUUGUUUUGUGGUAAUGUACACAUUAUGA